GCCAACCAGGGCCAGGUCUUUGAGGUGUACAACAUGGCCAAGCUGUGGGGCCUGCCGGUGAUCUUCGUGACGGAGAACAACGGCUACGGCAUGGGCACUAGCGCCACUCGAUCGUCCGCCUCUACGGAGUACUACACUCGCGGCGACUACGUUCCCGGCCUGUGGAUCGACGGCAUGGACGUGCUCGCCGUUCGCAAUGGCAUUGAGUACCUGGCCAGCCAGUGCCGCGCCGGCCACGGGCCCUUUGUGGUGGAGAUGGCCACCUACCGCUACCACGGCCACUCUGUCUCCGACCCGGGCACCAGCUACCGCACUCGCGAUGAGAUUCAGGAGGUUCGCCAGCACCGUGACCCGAUCACCGUCUUUCGCGAGCAUGCCCUCGACGCCAAGCUGGUCACCGCCGAGGAGCUGAAGGCCGUCGACGGGGAGGUUCGCGCCGAGGUGGAUGAGGCCGUCCGCCAGGCGAAGAGCGAGCCGGAGCUGGACGCCACCGAGCUCUACAAUGACAUCUACGUGAGCUGCAUUCAGCCCAAGGUGCGCGGAACGACGCCCUUCACCGAGCACACCCACCAGACCACUGGCAAGCUUUUUAACGUUUAG